CUCCUUCAAAAGACUCCUUUGUGAGGGUGAACUGAGAGGGGCCAGUUCUAGAACCUCCAGGGAUCCUAGUUUACCCUCGUAUAAAAAUCCCUGACCCACAGACUAGGACACCACACAGCCAUUGCUAGGAAGACAAACGCCUACGUUCACAAACACCGAAGCUGCCCGUGACAUUCGAAUCACCGAGUUUUAGCUAAUGGAGAACACGGUUUACGUAAAACUAUACACACGUACUUCCCCGUGAACGUACACAAUACGUGUACCUGCAAGAAUGUUCAUCAAACGUCACCCUCUGAAUCACUGGAUUUCCUCCUUGAUUCUCAGUACUUUUUAAUUUUACGUUUUCCCAUACUGAUGAAGCAUCCUUUGUAUAACAAGGAACAAGAAGAGAUCGGAGAAACAAGAUCUGCAACCCAGGCCCGCCAAGAAAAAAAAAGGACCCACGCUGUGAGCAAACUGAUGAUCGGGUAGUUAGGCCGCAGGUGCAGUGAGCGACAGCAGGUGGUUGGCGGCCAGGUUUUGCACUUCUACCGACAGGACCCCCGGACUUCGCGAACAUUCCACUGCUCCCCGGGGCAGCCAGCCUGCCCGGGGGCACGUCACCACAGAAACGGAAUCCACAUGAGGCUGCCAGGGCAGGAUGUAAUUACCUGAGGACGGGGCAAACAUUCUCACCCCAACGAGAAGGGCACUCCUGGGGUCUUCAAAGGGCAGCAGGGCCAGGGCCUCCCGGCGGGCACACUUCAGACCUGGCUGCGAAGGCCUCGGAUAACGCACGGCUCCCCAGAGCGGGGGUGCUGCUUAUAAAAGCAUCCCCGGGGGCCUGGGCCCCAGGAGGGAGACGGGAGGGAAGCCGGAGGGCAGCGUGCUGAUCGGGCCAUGCUGGCCGCCUCCAUCCUCCGUCGGAGCCUGCUGCUCUGCUGGCUCGCUACCCCCCGGGCCGCCGGGCCGGAGCCGCUGUUCCACAGCCGCGACCGCUCGGACCUGGAGCCGCCCCCGCUGCGCCGGGCCCAGCCCAUCGCGGACGUCCUCGCCGCGCAGCGCUUCCUGUCCAAGUACGGCUGGGCCGACGCGCCCCCCGGGCCCGGCUCCCGGACCCCCGGCCCCGCCGCGCCGCCUGCGGGCCCCCGGGCCGCCACCCUGGCCGAGGCCGUGCGCAGGUUCCAGAAGGUCAACGCGCUGCCUGCGAGCGGGCGGCUGGACGCGGCCACGCUGGCGGCCAUGAACAGGCCGCGCUGCGGCGUCCCCGACACGCGGCCGCCGGCGUCCCCGCCGCCCCGGGUGCGGCCCAAGCGCUUCGCUCGGCCGCUACCGCCACGGAGUCCGCGGCCCGAGGACGCCGCGCCCCGCGGGGACACCCGGGCCUUCGCCAAGAGGACGCUGACGUGGCGGCUGCUGGGGGAGGGCUCCAGCGGCCAGCUGUCCGUGGACGAGCAGCGGCACAUCCUCAGACUGGCCUUCAGGAUGUGGAGCGAGGUGACGCCGCUGGACUUCCGGGAGGACCUCACAGCCCCCGGGGCCGCGGUGGACAUAAAACUGGGGUUCGGACGAGGCCGGCACCUGGGCUGUCCCCGGGUUUUUGAUGGCAGCGGGCAGGAGUUUGCACACGCCUGGCGCCUGGGCGACAUCCACUUUGACGAUGAUGAGCACUUCACGCCUCCCAGCAGUGAUGCGGGCAUCAGCCUUCUCAAAGUGGCCGUCCAUGAAAUUGGCCACGUACUCGGCCUGCCUCACACGUACAGGACAGGAUCCAUAAUGCGGCCGAAUUAUACUCCCCAGGAGCCUGCGUUUGAGCUGGACUGGUCGGACAGAAAAGCCAUUCAGAAGCUGUACGGUUCAUGUGAAGGAUCGUUUGAUACCGCAUUUGACUGGAUUCGCAAAGAGAGAAACCAAUACGGGGCAGUGAUGAUGAGGUUUAGCACGUAUUUCUUCCGCAACGGCUGGUACUGGCUUUACGAAAAUCGAAACAGCCGGACACGCUACGGGGACCCCAUCCAAAUCCUCAGCGGCUGGCGCGGAAUCCCAACACAAAACAUAGACGCUUUCGUCCACCUCUGGACGUGGAGAAGAGACGAGCGCUAUUUCUUUAAAGGAAAUCAGUACUGGAGAUACGACAGCGACAAGGAUCAGGCCUACACAGAGGAUGAACAAGGGAGAAGCUACCCCAGAUUGAUUUCGGAAGGAUUUCCUGGCAUUCCAAGUCCUCUGGACACUGCCUUUUAUGACCGGGGAAAACAGUUAAUUUACUUCUUCAAAGAGUCCCUCGUGUUUGCAUUUGAUGUCAACAGAAAUCAAGUACUUGAUUCUUAUCCAAUGAAGAUUACUGAGGUAUUUCCAGGAAUAGAGCCGCAAAACCAUCCUUUCAGAAAUAUAGAUUCAGCCUAUUACUCCUACGCACACAACUCCGUUUUCUUGCUCAAAGGCAAUGCGUACUGGAAAGUGGUUAAUGCCAAGGACAAACAGCACCAGCCUUGGCUUCCUUCAAAUGGCUUAUUUCCAAAGCAGCCCAUCUCAGGGAGGUGGUUUGACAUUUGUGACGUCCAUGCCUCCACCCUGAACAUGUAAGGAGAAAAACAGGCAAGUGGAGAAAGGGAUUUCUCUUCUGAGAGAAAGUCGGGUCUUUUACAAAGAAAAUAAACCAGAUCUUUAGUAACCGAAACAAAUAGGGCUAAAACCCAGUGGAAAAAGCUAUUACCUGAACUUUUCAAAUACGUGGUUUAGAAGUCCGUUUUACAGGCAAAAAAAAAAAAAAAAAAAAUUACCGAAUGAUUUUAGGACAUUUUUAGGAAAGGUUAAAAAAAAACAAAUCCUGACACAUCCCUGUCCUUCUGCCACCCGUCACCCCUGUACCGAUUUCAUGGCUGGAUGGGAACGUAGCCGUGGCCAAAGGAUCCAAUCACGGAAGGAGAUACGGCUCCCUG